GGAGCCCGCAAGGGCAGAGGCGGAGGAGGUCCGGAGAGGAGCGCAGCCUGGCCUGCGGCGGAGGCGGGUCGGGCCUAAGCCGGGGCUGGAGAGGGCAGAAGGGGCCGCCCCGGCGGGCCUAGUGGGGGCGCUGAGGAGGACUGUUGGAGCCUGGAAGCCCCUCCCCUUCCCCUUCCCCCUUUGCCGCUUUGUGGCAUCCCCUCCCUCCACCCUGUCCUACUGACAACCUGGCUAUGACUAGCAGAAGUACAGCCAGGCCCAAUGGGCAGCCCCAGGCCAGCAAAAUAUGCCAGUUCAAAUUGGUCCUGCUGGGAGAGUCUGCAGUGGGGAAAUCGAGCCUGGUGCUGCGUUUUGUCAAAGGGCAGUUCCACGAGUACCAGGAAAGUACCAUUGGAGCGGCCUUCCUCACCCAGUCUGUGUGUCUAGAUGACACAACAGUCAAGUUUGAGAUCUGGGACACAGCUGGACAGGAGCGAUACCACAGCCUGGCCCCCAUGUACUAUCGGGGGGCCCAGGCAGCCAUCGUGGUCUAUGACAUUACUAAUCAGGAGACCUUUGCCCGGGCAAAGACCUGGGUGAAGGAGCUGCAGCGGCAGGCCAGCCCUAGCAUUGUCAUCGCCUUGGCGGGCAACAAAGCCGACCUCGCCAACAAGCGCAUGGUGGAAUACGAAGAGGCCCAGGCAUAUGCAGAUGACAACAGCUUAUUAUUUAUGGAGACUUCAGCUAAGACUGCUAUGAACGUGAAUGAUCUCUUCCUGGCAAUAGCAAAGAAGUUGCCAAAGAGUGAACCCCAGAACCUGGGAGGUGCGGCGGGCCGGAGUCGGGGUGUGGACCUCCAUGAGCAGUCCCAGCAGACCAAGAGCCAGUGUUGUAGCAACUGAGGGUGGCUAGGGGCAGACCCGUGUGCAGUUAGCACGAGAGCUAAACAUAACCUCUCCAUCCCCACCCUCAGCACACAGCCCUGGCUCCCAAGGGCUGCCUCCUGACAGCUCCGUCAUGGCACUUUUUAACGCUUCAGCAACCAACACCAGGCAGCUGUUGCCACUACUAUGCCCUCCUCUGGGGUUUGGGGUCAAAUCUCCCCAGGACCUUCCUUCCAAAACUUUGUUCACUUCGUAUUCUAGGUGCAAGACAGUGACCUCCUCAUUGUUACUCCCGCCCAUACUGUUCUUCCCGGUGUUGAGGGAGACUUCUGUCUCCUGCCUCUUCCCCUUCCGCCUCUCAUCACUCCCUGUUCUUGAUCCUGCUUCCUCCUCUUCCCAAGAUGAUGAAAGGUAAACCCAGGGACUGAGAAGGGAGACAGUGUAAUUUUAGUUACAUUAAGGGCCCUGCAGGGACAGUAAGGCUCAGAGCAGGAGAGGGUAAGGAAACAUUUAUUUCUUUGUUUUAUUUAUCUGGUAGGAGUUUCUUGUCUGUGAAACACUGCAGCACCCAUGAGUUGGACUUGUGGAGGGUGUUCUUGGGUAGGAGUGAGGCUGGGGAGGUGAGCUCGCAGGCACCGUUUGGGAGUUGUGUUAGCUAACUGGAUAAAGGUUGAUGUGCAGUGUCACCUAUGGCUCUGGAACUCGUCCCAAGGCUGUUUUCACUCACCCACUCACCCCCACUCCAGUGUGGGGAUUGGACCUCAGAGUGCUCCAAAGAAUCUUCACUGGUUGCCUGCACCUCUAGCUCUGCUGUGAUCAAAUUGGAGGAGGUACCCGUUUCUGAUACCCAUCCUCUGGUUUAUACAUAGGCAUUUACUUCCCCUCCCUGGCCUUGAGAUGGCCUUCGCCCCAGACGCCAUGCCCUGCAGUCUGCACUUUAAUUGAUGGUAGUUCAUCAGGACACAUGUUUUAUGGGGGUUUGAUUGAUUUACCUAUCCUUCAACCUUUUUAAUGAGAUAUAAUCUACAAUGUAUGAGGUUUGGGAGGCGCUAUAGAAAACAGUUAUCAGCUACUUAAGCCCAGUGUCCACUGCUAGCCUCCUCUGAUUCAUGCGUCUAUUCUUGGGUAGAGGUUUGUCUGAGCAACUGGGCAGUGGCCUCAGAAUAGCGAGGGCCAUGGUAGUGGAGUGGAGAAGGGAGUUCUAUCUUCCCAGGUUCACCUUCAACUUGCUAUAUCUUACCAUGUCUUUUCUACUUCCUGUAAAUACUUAUAGUCUUUAUUCUCACUGUACAGUCUGUUCUGUCUCCUAUUGCCCUUCUUUUCUCUUGUGUUAGUAUCUUGAGUUGAGCUCCUCCUCCUCCUCCCCCCUUACUUAACCGUGUACCACUAGGCUCCUGCCACAGAGGCCACUUGAUCUUUGACAGGCGCAGCUAGACUUGAAGGUGCCUCACAGCUGCCUUGUGUCAUCAGAGGGCUUUGGUCCUUCCUAAGUCUUUGGCCUCUACAUCCUUUGUUAGGUGUUUUAGGGUGUCUGUGGGAAGCCAUCAAGGCAAGAGAGAACUCAGUUCUUUCAUGUGUUAGCCAGAAUUUUGGGGAAAUUUGCAGAAGAAAAAAACCACAGUAACCUAGAGUUAGAACCUUUCUGUCCUUUGGCUUACAGACUGCCUUUUGUUCCAGAGCAGCUGAGGAAUCCAUGAAGCCAGGAUUCUCAAGGACUCAGCUUAGGUUCUUCCACUUAGGCCUCAGUUCUCUUCCUUUUCCAGGGGCAGCCUUAGUUCUCACGGCCCUGAAGCACACAUUUCCAACUUUCUUUUCCUAGAACCUGUUCCCCCAAAGCACCCAGGUGCAUCCUUUUUACAAGUGGAGAAUCUAGGGUGGCUUGUAGACAUUUAAUUCCUUCUCUGCAGGUUUUCCAUGGGACAAAAGUGAAGAUGUUUCAGCGCCUAGGGGCCGGGAAACCAUUUCCCUAGGCUUUUCUCUCCCCCUCUCUUAGGAACAGUAUUGGCCUGAGCUCCUGGGCCUGGCUGCUGCCCCUCUUCUCCUGCCAGCUCUUCUGCCUUCACUGGAGCUCUGUUGGGCGUGAGGGUUUUGUUGUUCUCUCCUGCCCUCCUGUUAUCUUUUUUCUUUGGAUCAAUUUUUAGGGGGAGGGGCCAUCUUUUUUUGCCUUUAUUUUUCCUAAGAAAGGUUUCACCUUUCUUCCCUCUCCUUCUAACAAAACAAUCGUGGUAACAGAAUGCAACUGCUGAUUUAUCGAUGUAUUUAAUGUAAGUAAAAAAGGAAAAAAGAAAGUA